AUGAACCCAGAAGAACAGUACUGCUUCUUCUCACCCGGUCUGAGUGGGGCAGAGCAGUCUCCACAAGAUGAAUCUACAGAGACAUUAGAAGACGUAGGACCUUGCAUGUCAGAAUGUCCAGGUACUGGCCAGCUGGCAUUUCAGAAAGGAUACAGAUAUAUCUACAGCUACUCCACUGUCACAGACACAUAUUUACAAGGCGCUUCUUCUGAGAGGAGUCUUCUGACUUUGAAAUGCAGCGUUCAUAUAGAAAUCAUAGGAAAAUGUCAUAUGCUUCUAAAGAUACAUCAUAGCCACUUGAAGGCAAAUGUGACGUCAAAGCAAGGUUCUCAAAAGGAAUUUCAUGAGUUAAGGGACAUCCUAGAAAAGCACCCACUUCAGUUUUCCUAUCAGGAUGGGAAAAUACAAAAGAUAUGUCCAACAAGAGAAGAGGCAACAUGGGCACUCAAUGUCAAGCGAGGAAUCCUAAGUGUCCUGCAGGGCAACCUGAAGAUACCAUCUGCAGGAAGGACCAUCAAAGAGGUUGAUGUUUUAGGAAAAUGUCCCACAACCUAUGAACUUAGAGGACAAACUGUUUGGCAGAAGAAAGAUCUGAAUAAAUGUUCCAACAGGAUAUUAGGCUCCACCUCUCUGCGAUCAGUUGCUCUUCCUGAUAAAACUCAAAUUCUAGACUCCAGCUUGGAAUGCAUGCAGACAUUUAAAGAUGGCAUAUUAGCAGAGACCACUUGCAAAGAGUCGCAUCUAGUCACCAUAUUUUCUCGGGAUGGAAAUGGUGCAAGAACACAGAUUCAAACAAUUCUUAAGCUGCAGAAAAUAGAAGCAGAUACUUUACCCAAUAAAGGGAUUAUUGGGAGUGUGUAUGCUACAAACCUAAUGUACGAAACAGAAAUCAGGCCUGCUAAGCUGAAAGGAGAGGAGACAGCUGAAACAAUAAGGAACCUGUGCCUGUCUUCACAGAUGAACACAGAGACCACAGACAUGUUCAUGAGUUUGGUGUUUGAGCUGAGACUACUUUCACCUGAAGCUUUAUCUGAUCUUUGGCAAAGGUCUUCCUUCAAAUGCAGAGACAACUGGCAACCACUGCUGGACGCUCUGCCAUCCUGCGGAACAGAGGCCUGUGUCGGUUUGAUGACAGAAAUCCUGCUUUCAAAGGAAUUAGAAGAUGAGAAAAGUGACUCAUUUCUCUGGUCACUGGCAUUUAUACCAGAACCAACUCAGGGGAUGAUUGAAUCUCUAACUCCAUUACUGCAAGACCCUGGAGCCAGCCACAGUGUGUACCUAACCAUUACAGCCCUCGUACACCACUUUUGUUUGGCCAACUCAGGCUGCAAUGAGUUUCCGCAAGUGCAAGUUGUAAUGCGACAUUUGCAUGGACUUCUGGGUGAGAACUGUACCACACAAGAGCCAGAGGAAACGCAGAAGAUACAGCUUGUUCUUAAAGCAAUUGGGAAUGCUGGAGUUGCUGCAAGUACGUUAAUCCCAACACUCAGCAUGUGUGCACUGUUAAAAAGUAAUCCAGACACCACUAGACUGGCUGCUGUGGAAGCUUUCAGGAGGAUUCCAUGCUCUGAUAACAGAAAUGCAUUGAUUCAGCUGUAUGAAGCCAAAGAAGAGACAGAAGAAAUUAGAAUUGCUGCAUACUAUACAGCUAUGAGAUGUCCAAAUCAGGGGCUUUUACAUAUAGUGCGGCAGACACUUCUACAUGAAACAUCAACGCAAGUUCCAAAGCUUCAGAUUAAAGAUGACAAAAUGAUCUGUCACUGCAUGGAAAUAAUGACAUUCAUGAUGAAUUUUAAGAGGGGGUAA